GGUGGGGUGGUGCCACGCCCGAGGAGAGCUGACGUAGCUCUAUGGCCGUAGUGACGUGGAUCGCUGUGAGGCGCCCUAAAGGCUGAGCUGGCAAAGGAUUCUCCUUUUGCCUUUCGAGGUCAUCCUCUCUCUCUCUCUCUCUCUCUCUCUCUCUCUCUCUCUCUCUCUCUCUCUCUCUGUGAUGGCACUCGCCUCUGCUUCUGCAGCGAUGGCUGCUGCUGCCACAACUGCAAGAGGUUUGUCGUCGUCGGCAGCAGUGCUUGCGGCUGCGCAGGGACCUCAGGAUGGGGGGAGAGCUGUUUGUCGGUGUGGGACCACCACCGGGACCGACGCGUUCUUGGCUUACGAGGGCGCGGGAAGACCUGGGGCUCUGCGGAACUACGACCUUGGAUGCGUCGUCCGGCAGUCCUCUGGAUCAACACGUGGCAUCAGCAGGGCGCAUCCUCGCUUAGAAGUGACACGUGGCAGCAGUCGGCGGUCACAAUCGAUGCUCGUCCGCGCAGUAGCGGGCGAUGGCGGUGGCGUUGCCGGCGGAUUAAGACCAGAGCUCAAAGAGGCCAUCGACCAGUACGUCGCCUCUAACAAGGUCGUGCUGUUCAUGAAAGGGUCCAAGUUGUUCCCCCAGUGCGGAUUUUCCAACACGUGCGUACAAAUACUUAACGUAUUGAACGUUCCGUAUGAAACCGUUAACAUCCUAGAGGACGAAGAUCUACGGCAGGGAAUGAAGGAGUACUCCAAGUGGCCUACUUUUCCUCAGCUAUAUGUAGAUAAGGAGUUUAUUGGCGGAUGUGACAUCAUGAUUGAGCUAUACCAGAAUGGGGAGUUGCAGGAGAUUGUGGAAAAGGCACUCGUGUCGUGAGUAAAAUGGAGGGAGGGAGGGRGGGAGGGRGGGGGGGAGGGRGGGAGGGAGGAAGGGGUUUGUUGAUGAUGAGUUCGCUGAUUAGAAACCCAGAAAUUACUACCUUGUAUUUUUCAGAAAGAGUAAAGUAGUAUUGGUCCUUGCUGUAAACCAAAAAAAAAGGGGAGGGAGGGAGGGAGGGAGGGAGGGAGGGAGGGAGGGGUGUUGAUGAUGAAUUCUCUGAUGAGGAAACCUGGGCUAUCUCUUGAUAUUUCGAACUUGUCGAAAUUUUCAGAAGAUAGAGUGAAGUAGUAUUGGUCCUUGGCUGCAACCAGAAAAACAAGGGAGGGAGGGAGGGAGGGAGGGGGGGAGGGAGGGGAUUGAUGAUAAAUUCUGUGAUUAGGAACCCUGAAAAUUCCAACCUGCUAUCUCUGAAAUUUCAAACUUGUUGAAAUUUUCAGAAGAUAAAGAGUGAAGUAGAGUGAUAGAGUGAAGAAGUAUUGGUCCUUGGCUGUAACCAAAAAAAAAACGUUUUUUGGUUGUUUGCAGCUGCCUGCUCAUCUCCCUCGCCCCUUGCCUUUCCCUCCUAAAAAGCUAUAUUUAUUCUCUGUGCAUAUACCCUCCCACCCUU